GAGUUACUGAGAAUUGUAAGGGCAUAUCUUCCAAUUUGCCGGCUGCGACAGCUGCCAAGAAUGCUCAUUAUAGCCUUCUGCCUCGCUCGCUUUUGACCAUGGCUGACGACCUUGGGCAUCGAAAUAUGCUCGAGGGGUGCAGCGUUCAUGUGUGGCAGCGAGUGGAUGGCGAUGUCAGCACAACGCAGGCCAUCAACGCCAAACUGCGUGCGCUCGGCGCGAAAACGUUGCCUCGUCUCACCAAGGAUGUGACACACGUAAUCUUCCAGCGGAAGUUGCAGUCAACGGCUCAAGAGCGCAAUGCCGAGGACGGCGACCUGCGAACUAUUUACAGCAAGGUUGGCAAGUAUGAGCCUCGAGUGUUCGUCGUCUCACCCCUGUGGCUGCACCACUGCGAGGAUACGGGCACGCGCGCAAAGGAGAUCAAGUACCUGGAGCGCAAACCAGCGGACCCCAUCUUCCUCAUCGCCAGUCCCAACAAAACCGCUUCCGCUGGCGCCAAGCGGAAGCGCAAGUCCCUGGCGCGGCCCCGUGAGCUGGUGGAGACGGCGGACGUGCACGACGCCCUGUUCAGCAGCAGCCAGCAAAUCCGCGACCUAAGCGCGGACGAGCCCGCGGCGCCACUGUACAUCCGGCCCAUGUUUGACGGGCCAUUUGCCGGCAGCGCCGGGGGUGCGGCGGAGGGACGGGGCGGCGGGGCAGGCGAAGGGGCUGGGCGGGGCGCCAGCGGCCUGAGCAAGCCGGCAGCAAAAGGCGCCGCGCAGGCAGGCGCAGCCACUUUGGAGCGCAACUGUGCCGCUGCGCUGUCGGAUGUCGAGGAAGAGGAUGAAGAAGACUGCCCGCGCCCGGCCAAGGCGCCCUCACUGGCGUCGAUCCUUGGUGCAGCCAAGCAGAGGGCUCUCCCGGGCGCAGCACCAGCAGGUCCUGUGCUGCCGCUUGCAGUCAAGGCCGCGACCAAGGCCGCCGGCGCCGGAGGGCGGCCCGGGUCCAUGGCGCCACCACGGCCGCCAGGACCAGCGUCCACGGUUGCGGGCAAGGGCCUGCGGCAGGGCACGCUGAACUUCUCCUUCGUGCCCAAGGCAAGCCAGCCGCAACAGCAGCAGCAGCAGCAGCAGCCGGCGCAGCAGGGGGCCAAGGAGGUGCCGCCGUCAGGGCCGCUCAAGGUGCAGGGCAUAGCGGGGCACGGCGACUGGCCUCAGGCCCACCAGCGUCAGGCUGGUGGCUCCGUCACAGCAGCGGCGAGACCCGGCAACAUACCAGUGCUGCGUGCUGGCGCACAGCCACACUCGGUUUCCGGUGUUGCGCCAGGUUCGUCCCUGGCGAAUACAAGUGUAGCACCGGCGGCAACGUUGGUCCUUAAGCCAGCAGUUUACAACAAGCAGCAGGAUGCUUCGGGCAAUGCCCAGGAACGGCCAUUGCCGAUUCCACACCAGCAGGAGCAGCAGCGGGAGCAACAACAGCAAGUGCAUCAAUUUGAGCCAGGCAGAACUGCGGACGCCUAUGCGGCUACUCGGGACUCAGGCGCCGUGACUGAAGCGCUCAAGCCGGCAGCUCCAGAGGUGGCGGCAGCCAGCGCCAGGAAGAGGCCGCACCAACACACGCCUCUGUCGCCCGAACUGAUGCCACGGUCUCGGCGGCAAUCCGCAACCGCGGCAGCAGCGUCAACGGCCGCGCCGGUGGGUGGCGAGGACCCCGCUGCAGCCUCUGCUGCGCGCUACAGUCCGCUGCCCUGCGCAGUCGUUCCCCGGGGGGCACCCUCCGCAGCCGCAGUGGCUUCAGCAGAGGAAGUCGCCUCAACGGCCGCGCGGCUUGGGCAAGCGGCCGUGCCCAUCGCGGCCAACGGCGGGGCGGCAACCGGCACAACCGCAGCGGUGGCGGCGCCUGGGCCGCUGCCGCCGCGGGCUAAGAGUGUGGGCCGCCGGUCCACAGUGGCGCAGGACGCGGCAGCCAUGCCUGGUCCCAGCUCCUCGUUGCCUGCGGCAGGGGUGGCAGCACCGGCAGGCAGCACAGGGCCCGCCGCUCUGACCUCGGCGGUCGCUGCGGCACUGGCGGCGGUGCCAGGCGGGCGCCCGGGCUCUGCGGGCCGCCGCGUGGCGCGUGCGUCGUGCGCCGGCACGCCGCUUGGGGGCUCGGUGGCAUUAGCCAUGCAGAGCGCAGGGAAGCUCGGGCGGCCAGGUAUGCGCACGCCGCUUGGGGGCACGCCGGGUCCCUUUGGCUUCACGCCGCUCGGGACCAUGACGGUGCCGCGCCUCAAGUCUCAAAGCAGUGGCGGGUACGGCUCCUCACAAUCCGCAAGCGCCACCCCAGAGCUAACGCAUGGCUUGCCUGCGGCACCUGCGGGCGCCGCGCCCGACGCAACCGCUCGCGAGGCUGCUGCCGCGAGCGCAGUGCGUGAAGGCGCUGAGGGCACAGCAGUCCAGCAGCCGCAGGAGCAGCAGCAACGGGAGGCGGCUGUAGCCCUCACCGUUCAACCUCCGCUGACGACAGGGACCCGGCGCACGACGCGUCGGUCUGGCCUACCACCGACGCCGCCCAUGUCCUCACACCGCAAUCCCCUCACGCCGCCGCCUCUAACGCUGGUGCCGGUGACCCUUGGCGGCGGCGCUGGGGCCUUGGAAGCAGCGGGAGCCGGAGGCGUCACACCCACACUUGUCCGCGGUGGCCGCAAGGCCUCCGCUGAAAGCGCAGCACCACCACCACCACCACCACCACCACCACCACCACCACCAGCAGUCGAUGGCGGCGGCCAGGCAGGGCCUAGUGCUGCACUGCCGCCGCCGCCUCACACACGAGCUACGCCCAAACGCGGCGCGCUUGUGCUGGAGCGGUCACCAGCGGCGCAGGAGGCCGGGGCAGCGAUGGCCGCGGCCAAUACGGAAGGCGCCGAGGCGUGUGUAGACACUGAGGCGGAGCUGGCGGCCGCACGCACAGGGCGGCGCAGUGCGCGGAAGGCUGCUGCACCGCUGCUCCUGUCUCCGGUCGCCGCCCCAGGCCCUCGAGCCCCAGCGGCAGCAGGUGGUGACUUCGCUAUGGCUAGAGCGGCUCUUCCUGACGAGGCCCUGCCACAGCCGCUGCUGCUGCCGCCUGCGGAAGGCCCGGGGUCCGUUGUGAGGCGGUCACACCGUCUUGUAAGUGCGUCGCCACUGCCGCCUCGCCCACCGAGCAGCGCGCUCAAGGCCAGCGCGGCGGCACCACCUACUACUGUUGCGGCCGGACCAGGCGCUUCGCUGGCCUUUGCCUUCUUCACAGCUCACCAGCAACCGCAACGUACUGCCGGCGGCGUGUUUCCAGCUCUGCAGGCCGAGGCUGACAGCGCGGCCGAGCAGCCGGGCCCUAGCCUGCAAGCUCAACAGCAAUCGGCUGGCCCCCAGCGGGUGCCGCCUGCAGGCGACGGGCGCACCCCUGGCGCGUCUCAGAAGCGGCGCCGGCCGGCGGAGGCGGGCAAUGACGUCGAUGAGCAGGACGCCGAUCCGGGCACCAGCCACAAGGCUGCUGCAGUGGUGCCGUCUCCCGCUCCUCGGACACGCGCCCAGUCGCGUGCAGCCGCUGGCGCCAGCCCUGCAUCCUCGCUUGCACCCUCACUCGCACCGCCGCAACAGCCAGGCACGGUGCCGCUAGCCACUGCUCCUGCCCUUGCUCCCGCUCCUGGACCGCAGCCGGGCUCGCCGGCUUCGCCGCCGCGGGGCGCGGUGCGUCCCGCCGCCAGCCACAUCUCCGGCACGCCGCUGACCAGCCCCAAGUAUUACACCCGCAUGCAGCGCAAGCGCUUCUGCCGCCUGGGUGUGGACCUGGAGCGCCUGCCGCCCGGCCAGCCCUUCACGCUGCAGCCCGACGGCACCGUCACGGUGGAGGCCGAGGCAGCGGUAGAGGCAGCGGGUGCGGGUGUGGGUGCGGGUGCUGACACUGCCGGCAGGGCAGCGGCAGCUGGGCCGGCGGAGGGAGGUGUCGGGAUCGUGGUGGUAGCGCCUGGAGCGGCGGUGGCGGAAGCAGGAGCGGCGGGUGCCGCGCUCGGCACCAGCCGCCAGGGCGUGGCGGCGCCAAGCCCUGGCCCGCCCGCGAGCGCCACACGCUCGCGGCGGCGGGCACUGGACUGGGAGCUGGCGCGUGCGGAAGCAGGGGAGGAGGCUGCGGCGGCCCCGGCGGCGGCGGGUGCUGGCGGCUCUGCAUCAGCGGCCGGUGCCGCUGCGGCUGUUCGCAUGCCGAUGCCCAUGCCCAUGCCAAUGCCGCUCCAAGCCAGCGUGGCUGCUGCGGACUGCGCCACGGUGUGUCGUGCAACCGGUGCCCAGGCACCAGUGCCGCUGCACGCGGUGCGAGAGGAGGCGGAGGGCGAGGGCGAGGACGCCUGCGCAGCUCUCUCAGAGGAGGAGGAGGAGGAGGGCGGCGCCGCGCACGAAGGGCCGGAGCAGCAAGGCGGGGACGGCGGACUGCGGCCGACGCGGCUCCGCCACGCUGGGUCGACGCCGGGGCCGGCGGUCGCAGCAGCAGGAGCCUCGAGGCGGGCGCGGCGGACGCCUACAGGGGGCGCCCGGGGCGCAAGCAGCAGUGCCCAGAAGGGCUCUGGAGGCGUGGAGGCCGAGCCCAUGGGCGAAACCACCGCUGCAGGUGCUGCUGCAGUGUCGUCGUCAGCAGUAGCAGCAGCAGCAGCGCCGCCGACGCAGCGAGGGCGGCUGAGCUUGCGCAAGGCCGCAGCGCCAACAGCGGGGCCGGGUCCCAACAGCUCCAAAGCCGUGCCUGUCGCUAGCACGGAGACGGGCGCGGCGGAGCUGACGGCGUCGGUCGUCACAGCCACUGGCAUGCCCGCGCCUAGCGUGGCAGCAGCCAGAAGUACGCCGGCGGGCAGGCCACCCGCGUCCAAGCCCGCAACCGGGCGUAAGCGGCCUGCGGCAGCCGCAGUCGCCGGUGAGGACCAGGCGCCAGCAUCGCCCACCGCGGCGGCGGCGGCCACGGCCGCCAAGCGGCGGCGCACCAUGCCCGCUCCCGCCUCGACGGCGCCGCUGCUGCCGCCUGCCGGCGCCGCGGGUGCGGCCAAGGUGGCGCCCGCCACGACCGUGAAGACGGCCCGUGGGGCUGCUGGAGCCGCCAGGUCCGACACGCCCACUCCUGCGACCACCGGCUUGGAAGCCCCCGCUGCCGCCGCCGCUGCCGCCGCCGCUGCAAAGGGCGCCGCAAAGCCAGCUGUCGGGAAUGCCGCCGGCUCUACUGCAGCGGGCGUGAAGCGCCCCCGGGCCUCGGCCACCAAGGCCGGCAACGCCACCGCCACCAAGGCGGGCAAGGUCACCGCCCUCGCCACCGGGGCACUGCUGGGCUCCGCGGCCUUCAACUCCGCGAUCUUCAUGGACGGCAUCGCCUCAGCCUUUCCCAGCGCGUCAACCGCGAGCGCAGGGGCGCCUGCAGGGCAGGCCGCUGCCGCUGCGGGGGCUGGGGCCGCCGGUGCACCGGCGCUGGGGCAGUACCCUCGCGGCAAGGACCACCCCAUGCGGGCGGGUGUGCGCUACCUUGCCCACACAUCCGUGGAGCCAGCCGUGGCCGCGGCCGUGAGCGCGGCGGUGCGGCAGCUGGGCGGCGCCAGGCUCUGCACGCCCGGCUACGAGGACGGCCACGUCACGCACCUGGUGGUGGGCGUGCCGGACCGCCGCACCGUCAAGGUGCUGCUGGGGGUGGCCAACGGCGCCGUGUUCGUGUCGCCGGCCUGGGUGACGCAGUCGCUGGCGGCGGGGCGCUGGCUGCCAGAGCGGGACUUCCGCGUGCCGGGACCCUUCGCGGCCACCGCGGACGCCGUGCGGGUGCAGCUGCAGCUGCGCGCCCAGCAAGAGCAGCAGGAUGCGGCGCCCGCCGCUGCAGCCGCUGCCGGCGCGAGCGCCCCGCGCUCGCCCCGCGCGGGCGUGACCGCCAAGCCGCUGGGCGGGCGGCUGGUGGCGGUGCACAACGCGCAGUGCAAUGGGCCGCGGCUGGCGGAGGCGCAGGCGCGGAAGGCAGACGUGGAGAAGCUGGUGGUGGCGCUCGGCGGCCGCGUGGUGCCGGUCCGCUCAGCCACCUUAUUGAUCAUGGUGGGGGGCGGCGGCGAGGUGCAUCAAGGCGGGCGCGGCGGCGGCGCCGCCGCCGUGGGGGCUGGAGCCGCCGCGGUGGAGCGGCGGCCACGGCUGGGCGGCAUGAGCGGGCCGUCGUCGAUGGUGAUGGCGAGCGAGGAGUGGCUGAUGCGGAUAGCGGAGACGCAUGUGUGGCAGGAGCCGGCGCAGGCACACUAGCUGGCAGCGCAGGUGGCGCGCAGGUAGUACCUAUGCGCUACCACUUGAUGCAUGCGUGUUUACUGAGAGGAGUCAUGCCGCAUGAACGGGUUUGCUUGAGUGGCCCUAUUACGCGAGUUGUUGUGCGCGGCAGUGGAUGGGAUACGUAUGCCAGUCCGAAUUCAUUGCCCAGUGUGGAGCUGCAAUCGGGCAGGGGUCCAGUAGUUGUUUGAGGCCGCUUAUAAGGUCUGAUGACGCUGCCCAAGCUGCAUUCAUCUAGCGCGAGGGCCUCGUGAGAACGGCUGUAGCGGCGUUUCGGAGACCGAGGAGUUGACAUGCUUUCGUGCUGUGUUUCAAAGCAUACAAGCUGCCUGUGUUGUCCUGCUGGCGGCGUGUGGCGGCGGGUGCUCCAGAGAGACCGGGCCAGCAGACAGCGCGCGAGUUUGUCCGUGCACAUGUGCGUGCGCCCUUGCCUGGCGUACAGCUGACACAUGGCCGCAGUACACUUCAGCAGUUGGCACAGCGAGUGUAUGUCAGAUGAGCCCUGGCGUAGGGAUGUGGACGUGCGUGUGCUGCGUCACGUCUGAGCACACUGAAAGUUGCAGUUCAUGGAAAGACGCGCAGGCUUCCCUCAUUUACAUGGCAGGCCUU